AUCAGGAUCAUUCUUCCCAGGCAUGUGCCUCUGUCACUCACCAGCCUUCAGCUGCACAUUGCUGUCCCUCUGUGUUCCCGGCACACGGCCGGCGCUCUGCUCCUGGCCCUCCCCUCUGCAGCCAGAGAAAACUUUUUUUAUUUUCUUAUUUUAAACUGCGGUUCAAAACAGGAAGUUUUGGAAGAUCUGAGCAAAGACGGUUGGACGUCGUCUGCUGUUCGCGCUCCAUCAUGGCCUUCAUACGAAGCUGGGUGGUCGCCCUCCUGCUGGUGCUCCUGUCGCCACUGCAGCUUCCGCACUCUGGCUUAGCCCAGGAUGUGGCUGAGGAGGACGAGGAGGAAGAGGAGGAGGACACCAGACAUGCAGAGGAAGCUGAGGAUGAAGAUGGGGAAGGUGCUGAGGAAGACGAAGAGUUAGGAGAGGCGGAUGAAGAAGAAACUGACGAGGAGGAAGCUGAAGAAGAACAGGAGGAAGGAGAGGAAGAGGAGGAGGGGGAUGAGGAGCAGGAGGAAGAGGCUGCAGAGGUAGAUGACGAAAGCGAUGGAGAAGAGGAGGAAGAAGAUGACGAUGAGGAAGAAGAUGAGGCAUCAGAGUCAGAUGAUGGAAGUGAAGAGGAAGAGGAUGAUGAAGAAGACGAUGAGGUUGCAGACGAAGUAGCUAGUGAGGAGGAAGAGGAGGAGGAUGAAGCUGCAGACGAUAAAGUAGCUAGUGAUGAGGAAGAAGAGGAUCAUCCUGCUGAAGAUGAAGAAGACGAAGAAGAAAACGCAACAGAUGAUGCCGAUGAAACAAACGAAGAGGAGGAAACUUCAGGCAAACAGCAGUUCCACUCUGGAUCGUUGUGUAGCGUUUGCUCCAUCUGCGAGCGUUGCUCUGAACACUGUGACAAGUGUCCGUGUGCGGAGGGAGACGAGUCGGACCACUGUGAGCGUUGCGAAGAUUGCUCGUCCUGCUACAUCUGCCCCAUCCUGUGUGAGACCGUUUGCACUCCAGGCGGUUUCGUCGAUGAACUAACCGGAUCCAUCUUUCAAUCCGUUUCUUCUCUACUUUGAGCAAAAUGCAUGGAAGCUUCUUCCAAGAAGAUGAUUGGGAUAAAACUGUUUGUUCAGCAGCAGAACAAGGACUUGACAUCCAGCAGGAGUUAAUCUCCAGUCAUUGUUUAUGUUCUAAUUAAAGCUUUAAUGUUAUUAAGAGCUAGGCGGUCAGGUUGUGAGGUUUAUUACAUUUUUGUAUGAAUUUUAUUGUAAGAAAUAAAAACUACAGUCACUCAUUUCAUGUUGGGGCAAAGAUAUAAAUAAAACUGGGGGG